CGUCCACACACUCCAUCCCCUUCCCUUCCUACCUUCUUCGCUCCCUCCCACAAUCGCUCACUCUUAUAUUCAGUUGCGGCAGAGCUCAGGUUGGGAUAACGGUGUUAUCUGGGAAUGAUGCCGGUUGUUGGAGCCGUGGGAGUCGGACUGCUCUGCGCGCUGCUUGUCGCCCUCAUGCCGGGUGGCAUGUCGGACUUGGUGACUCUGGUGCAGGACUCGGUCCGACCCGAAUCGUCACUGCUGAUGCCAAAAGUCAUGAUCGCCAUUCUGGCUCGCAACGCAGCGCACAGCCUGCCGCACUACCUGGGCUGCAUCGACAGGCUAGACUAUCCGAAGGAGCGGAUAGCUAUCUGGGCAGCGACAGACCACAGUGUGGACAACAGCACAGCCAUGCUGAGGGAGUGGCUGAAGCAGGCUCAGGACCAGUACCACUAUGUGGAGUGGAGACCUAUGGAGGAGCCCAAGUCCUAUACUGAUGAGUGGGGGCCCAAGCACUGGCCUCCGUCCCGCUUCAACCAUGUGAUGAAACUGAGACAGGCUGCUCUUAAGGCAGCACGGGAACACUGGGCAGAUUACAUACUGUUUGCAGACGGUGAUAACCUGCUGACCAACCCAAAGAUUCUCAACCUGCUCAUGGCUGAGAACCUGACUCUGGUAGCUCCCAUGCUAGAGUCACGCUCUCUCUACUCUAACUUCUGGUGUGGCAUCACCCCACAGGGUUACUACAAACGUACCCCUGACUACCAGCCAAUCAGGGAAUGGAAGCGUCUGGGUUGCUUCGCUGUACCCAUGGUGCACUCUACCUUCCUGCUGGACCUGAGGCGUGGUGCCAGCAGGGAGCUGGCCUUCUACCCCCCUCACCCUGACUACAGCUGGGCCUUCGAUGACAUCAUGGUGUUCUCCUUCUCUGCCCGGCAGGCAGAUGUGCAGAUGUACGUGUGUAACAGAGAGCACUAUGGCUUCCUACCGGUUCCUCUGAAGGCCUCGCAGAAUGUUGACGACGAGAUGGAGAGCUUCACACACACCAUCGCUGAGGCCAUGACAUUUCUCUCUGCUCAUGAGAAUGUUGAUCACAACAUAGCACCCUCAGAGUACCUGUACAAUCCCGAGAUGCCGCAGGACAAGAUGGGCUUUGAUGAGAUAUUCCUGAUUAAUCUGAAACGUCGUCUGGACAGGAGACAGAGGAUGUUGAGCACCAUGGCCUCUCUGGGUCUGCAGGCCACCAUCACUGACGCAGUGGACGGCAAGGCUCUGAACUCUUCUCAGCUGCAGGCAUUGGGUAUAGAGAUGAUUCCAGGUUAUCAGGACCCGUACUCUGGCCGUGUUCUAACCAGAGGAGAGAUAGGCUGCUUCCUCAGCCACCACUCCACCUGGGUACAGAUGGCGGAGCGUGGUCUUUCCAAGGUGCUGGUGCUGGAGGAUGACGUGCGCUUUGAGCCCAGGUUUAAGAGACGAAUGAUGACCAUCAUAGAGGAAGUAGAGAAGGCCCAGCUGGACUGGGAUCUCAUCUAUGUUGGGCGUAAGCGUAUGCAGGUGCACCAACCGGAGCGUUCGGUGGAAGGGGUUAAUAACCUGGUGGAGGCUGACUACUCUUAUUGGACGCUGGGCUAUGCCCUGUCAGCGCAGGGUGCCAGGAAGCUGCUGGCUGCUCAGGCCUUCAGCAAGAUGCUACCUGUCGAUGAGUUCCUCCCUGUCAUGUUCAACAAACACCCCAAUUCUGACUUCAUGUCUCACUUUGAGCCUCGGGACCUGAAGGCCUUCUCUGUGGAGCCCCUCCUCCUGUACCCCACCCACUACACGGGCGAGCCGGGCUACGUGAGUGACACAGAGACCUCCACCAUCUGGGACGACGAGGCCACCGCCACCGACUGGGACCGCCUGCACCAGCACGCCAGGAAGACAGAGCAGCAAGGCCGCAUCCACACCGUGGCUCAGAACAGUGUGACGGGAGACUCACCUCCGCCUGCCGCCCGCUCCACACGUGAUGAACUCUGAGAAGGAAGAGAGAGAGACAUGUAGACGUGCUUUUGCACGGACACACACAUGGACAUACACACGGACACACAAGGACAUACACAUUCACACACUCAUGCGCAUGCACGCACGCACGCAUGCAUUCUCUCUCUCUCUCUCACACACACACACACACACACACACACCCACCCAACUGGAUACACAGUCAACUACUCUGCUCAGUGCGUGUUCUCAUUGGCUAUCUGCUGUCUACUAGCAUAUUAGCAGGCUGAGAUGUGAAUCCCAUUGGAUGCCUGAUGAGGGGUGGAGUGGUCUGUGCACUGAGAAAGUGGGCCCAGGACCUCAGAUGUAUUUGUUCCCCUUGCGCUCUACAGUCUGACACGCACAUGCACACACACACACACACACACCUCAAACACAUACACACACAGUCAGAAAGAGACCUUGAAGAGACUCAGAGAGAGGACUGGGGGGACCUGAACACCCACACUUUGCAGGGACGAUGUGAGAGAGACAGAGACUGGACGACCUGAGACUGCAACAUGUGGAAGACAGAUAUUGCUGUUUGCAGUACAGAGAUAAAACUCACAAACCAAUGUUUAUUGUAUUGUUAAAAAAGGAUGAUUAUUGUAAUUUAAAAAUAACAUGUUGGUUUAUGGGCAGCCCAGGGAAUAAAGGAAUCUUACAGCUGUCUGAAAUGA